UGCUGGUUCACGGUUCACAUCAGCAACACCACCAGCUCCUUCCCAUUGCAUUGGAGAGGUAUACGGAUUUUAUGUCUCAGUUUCAGGCAGUUACGCUGGCUUCGUUGUGCGAGUUAUUGACUCUUUUUCAGCGCUCUUGAAUUCGAAUCACUUCAUUUGCUGUGGUUUUGAAUCUCAAUUGGUUUUUGUUUAACUCACAUUCUCUCUUUCUUCUUUUCUUCUGCACCGGCCACCACCAAUGGCUGCACGUCAGCAGCUCACCCCGGUCCUAAGGAGGUUGCAAUUGCCAAGGGCAGCGGCAAACAUCAACAGGACCAGGCAGGCGGCAUUGCAGCAGUCGCUCUCUCGGCCGGUGCGGUGCCUCAGCAGCUCCCGCCCUCGGUGCUUCCACCAGACCACGGCAGUGGCCGCCACGGCCAAGCACACCAGCGAGACCUACCCGGACAUCCAGCGGGACGCCAGGUUCGCACAGCUCACGCCGGAACAUGUCGCCUACUUCCGCGGCCUCCUCGGCAGCGAGUCGGCCGUGAUCGACGGCGCGACGAGCAGUGACGCCGCCGACGACAUCGAGCCCUUCAACAGCGACUGGAUGCGCAAGUACCGCGGCCACUGCAGGCUGGUGCUCAAGCCCAGCUCGACCGACGAGGUCAGCCAGAUCCUGCGGUACUGCAACGACAACAUGCUGGCCGUCGUCCCGCAGGGCGGCAACACGGGCCUGGUCGGCGGCUCCGUGCCGGUGUUUGACGAGAUCGUCGUCAACAUGAGCCGCAUGAACCGGAUCCUCGAGUUCGACGAGGUCAGCGGCGCCCUGGUGGCCGAGGCCGGGUGCAUCCUCGAGGUGGCCGACCAGUUCCUGGCGAGCAAGGGCUACAUCUUCCCGCUGGACCUCGGCGCGAAGGGCUCGUGCCAUAUCGGCGGGAACGUCUCGACCAACGCCGGCGGUCUGCGCCUGCUGCGGUACGGAAGCCUGCACGGCACGGUGCUCGGGCUAGAAGCCGUGCUGGCGGACGGCACCGUCGUCGAUGACCUCUGCAAGCUGCGCAAGAACAACACGGGCUACGACCUGAAGCAGCUGUUCAUCGGCGCCGAGGGCACCAUCGGCAUCGUCACCAAGGUGUCGAUCCAGUGCCCGCAGCGCUCUGCGGCGCAGAACGUCGCUUUCUUUGGCCUGGAGUCGUUCGACAAGGUGCAGCAGGCCUUCCGGGAGGCGAAGAGCCAGCUGUCCGAGAUCCUGUCUGCGUUUGAGCUCAUGGACGAGGGCAGCCAGGCGCUGGUCCGGCAGGUCACCAACAACAAGAGGCCGCUGGAGAGCCAGUAUCCGUUCUACUGCCUCAUCGAGACGAGCGGCUCCAACGCGGACCACGACAGCGAGAAGCUGGCCGCCUUCCUCGAGGACGUGAUGGAGAAGGGCAUCGUCGCCGACGGCACGCUCGCGCAGGACGAGACGCAGAUCAAGUCGCUGUGGGCCUGGCGCGAGGGCAUCACCGAAGCGCUGAGCCACCUCGGCGGCACGUACAAGUACGACGUCUCGAUCCCCGUCAAGGACCUGUACCAGCUGGUCGAGGACACGCGGGCCCGCGUAGACGAGGCCGGCUUGCUGGGGGAUUCCGACGAGUUCCCCGUUCGUGCCGUGGUUGGGUACGGCCACAUGGGGGACGCAAACCUGCACCUCAACGUCUCGACGCGGCGGAUGGAUCCGCGGGUCGAGAAGGUGCUGGAGCCGUUCGUCUACGAGUGGAUCGCCGAGCGGCAGGGCAGCAUCAGCGCGGAGCACGGUCUCGGGCUGAUGAAGAAGAAGUUUAUUGGAUACAGCCGCAACCCGACCAUGGUCGGGCUGAUGAAGAACAUCAAGAACACGUUUGAUCCGAAAGGGAUCCUCAACCCAUACAAGUAUCUCUGAAGUUGUUUGCGCUAUUCUUCGGCA